AUGGUACGUCGCCCCGACUUGCAUGACGAAGGCUGCGAGUCGUCGAGCCGUCGAGCUGACGCGUCACCACGCUGCUGCACCUGACCCUCCUCCUCGCCCCCCCCCCCCCCCCCCCCCACCCGCCAUCUCAUCUUGCACUCGUGACACCUCGAACAGUCGUCGAUCGGAACAGGAUACGAUCUCUCGUCGUCGACCUACUCCCCCGAUGGUCGCAUCUUCCAGGUACGCGCAUGCCCCCCCACACGGCUCGCGGCUCCGUCCCUUACGUCGCACCGUGAACGGCCCCCGGCGACCCUGUUCAACAGGACUGAGAUAUUCCUCCUGUCCUACUUCCCCAACAGGUCGAAUACGCCAACAAGGCCGUCGAGAACUCGGGCACGGCGAUCGGAUUGAGGUGCAAGGACGGCGUAGUGCUCGCCGUCGAGAAGCUCGUCACCUCCAGGCUGCUCGUUCCGGGCGCCAACAAGAGGAUCGCAACAGUUGAUUCGCAUGCUGGUGUUGUAAGUUGAACUGGAUUCUCGCUGCGGAGACGCUUGGCUGGGAGUGGCCGUUCACUCGGUCCUCCCACGUGAAGGCGGCAGAGGGAUGACGACGCUCUCGCUCGUCUGGGCUGGCUUGCUGCGACGACUCCUUCACAAUCUUUAAUGCUGUCAUGAUUCGUACCGACUCUUUCUUCCACAUUCCCUGCCCACCACCGCAGGCAACAGCUGGCUUGCUCGCCGACGGUCGACACAUCGCGAACCGCGCCCGUGACGAAUGCGAGGACUACCGCAACAACUACAACACACCCAUCUCGACAAAGGUAAACAAGAGCCAAUGCAGCGAUCAAUCUGUUGUUUCCCACACUGAUCCUAUGAAUCCCUUCUCUGCUCCCCGCCGCACAGAUGCUCUCCGAACGACUAUCCCUCUACUUCCAAGCCUACACGCUCUACUCGUCCGUACGACCAUUCGCCCUCUCUGCGAUCGUGGCCGGAUGGGAUGCACCGGAUGGUAUCGCCGAAAAGAAAGCCGAAGGGUUGCCCAAGCUGUUUUGCAUAGAGCCGAGUGGAGUGUACUGGGUCAGUCGCGGCGGGGAACCGCCGUUUCACCUUUGGCAUCGGUGAUGACUGACCAACCGUUGUUCCAAAAUCCUAGGGCUACCGAGGGUGCGCGAUUGGGAAAGGACGACAAUUGGCACGGACCGAAAUCGAGAAGCUCAAGCUGGAGGAGUUGACCGUCGAAGAAGCUUUGAUCGAUGCCGCCCGAAUGUGAGUCCAGGCGUGUACACUUCGACCAGGAGCCACGCGCAAGCCGAUUGCUGACUGUGGUGGAUGAUACGCGGCUUUCUCACCCACCGUCAACAGUAUACACCAAGUCCACGACGAAGCCAAGGACAAGGAUUUCGAGCUCGAGUUGUCGUGGAUCUCCCCGGCUAGUGGGUGGAGGCAUCAAGCCGUGCCCCGGGACCUGGCCGAAGCGGCGGAGAAGAAGGCCAAGGAGAUCUUGGAUGCCGAGAAUGAGAUGGAGGAGUAA